AUGGCUACUAUAAGUUCGAAAAUAUUUGAAAUUUUUCGUAAUUUAAAGUCAGAUGCAAUUCCACGACCACCUCGUCCUGAAACCGAAGAAGUUUUUAAUGAAAAUGGAAAUCAAGAAACCAAUAAUUAUAACGCAGACCAAAGUAACGAUGACCAAGAGGAAAAUGAACCGCAAGAAUCAAAAAAGAAUAAGAAAAUACCGUCACCCAACAAUUUCUUUAAAUCUAAAAAGGGAGACAGUUUUUCUAAGAAAGGAGACAAAGACCGUAAACGUAGCAGUAACAGCCAUAUUAACGUUCAAGCUACUGGAAAUGUGAUCAAUAUAGUCAAUUCUCGAGAUGUGCACUGGGGUAAUGAAAUAGUCUACUACAUGGGACCAACAAAUGUUCAACAAAAGCAAACCAAAGUAGAUGAGGGGGAGGUUAUUGAAAAAAGUAAUAUUAUUAUGCUUGUUAUGGAAGCUACAAUAAAGCCGAGUCACGAGUACAUUGAUUAUAUAUCAAAGAACCUUGGGAAGAAUUGGCAUGGUGUCUUUUUAUCCUUGGGCUACAGCAAAAACAGACUUGAAACUUUUGAGAUUGAUGAAGCUGGCAAAGGUAUAUCAGAGGUUCGUUACAAGAUUCUUCUCGACUGGGUGCGCAAUGAUGAUGAUGGCACAUUGGGUAAACUUACAACCCAUUUAUGGGAAGAGGGAGAGAGACAGCUUGUAAAGGAAGUGGCCAUUAUUUACAAAAAGAACAAAGAAUAG